AUGGGUUCAUCACGAUCAUCCAGUGAGCGCACUGGCUCCAUGCACUCUGCAGAUAUGCCCAAAAAGGUAUUACAAACCAAGGCGGACCCCAACUUGGCCCUUCAUGAAGCCCAGCCGAUGUCAUUGGGCAAUCACGGGGACUAUAAUACUUCUUCCCUGGGAAGCAUUCAACACAAAGAUCGAGAAGGUAAAAUCAUCGCGGACCCCGAUCGUUGCAACCCAACCCGGAAUCGUCUAGAGCGGCCGUUAGAUACGAUUCGAUCCUUCCAGUCUGCCAUUGAUGCGCACCGGAAACAGAACCUCCAAGUGUGA